GUGCUUUCUUAUUACUCAUCCCUCAGCCGUCAAAUAACAACAUACAUCUUCUCACCCUAAAACCUCACCCACACCCACGCAAACUCUGUUAUGGCUUCACUCUCCGUUUCGCGCCACAGCCACCUCUUAUCGGGCCUCCUUCCGGCCCGGUCCAAGCCCACCUCGGGGCCUACCAGGGUCAGAAUGUCCCUCCGCGAUGACGGUCCCUCCAUCGCCGUCGUCGGCGUUACUGGCGCAGUCGGCCAGGAGUUCCUCUCUGUCCUCUCCGACCGCGACUUCCCCUACCGCUCCAUCAAAAUGUUGGCAUCCCAGCGUUCCGCCGGCCGCUGCAUCACCUUUGAGGACAGGGACUACGUCGUGGAGGAGCUCACGGCGGAUAGUUUCGACGGCGUCGACAUCGCACUGUUCAGCGCUGGUGGGUCCAUCAGCAAGAAGUUUGGUCCUGCUGCGGUGGACCGGGGGACAGUGGUUGUGGACAAUAGCUCAGCCUUUCGGAUGGACGAGAAGGUGCCGCUGGUUAUCCCCGAAGUGAACCCCGAAGCGAUGCAGCACAUCAAAGCUGGAACUGGAAAAGGCGCUCUCAUUGCGAACCCUAAUUGCUCUACCAUUAUUUGCUUGAUGGCUGCCACGCCUCUUCAUCGACGAGCUAAGGUGUUACGAAUGGUUGUCAGUACCUAUCAGGCUGCCAGUGGUGCUGGUGCUGCUGCAAUGGAAGAGCUCGAGCUGCAAACUCGUGAGGUGUUGGAAGGAAAACCACCCACUUGUAAAAUAUUUAAUCGACAGUAUGCUUUUAACUUAUUCUCGCAUAAUGCAUCUGUUCUUUCAAAUGGAUACAACGAAGAAGAAAUGAAAAUGGUUAAGGAGACAAGGAAAAUCUGGAAUGACAAGGAAGUUAAAGUAACUGCUACAUGCAUACGAGUUCCUGUCAUGCGUGCUCAUGCCGAGAGUGUGAAUCUUCAAUUUGAAAAUCCACUUGAUGAGAACACUGCAAGAGAUAUUCUGAAGAAUGCUCCAGGUGUAGUGGUCAUUGAUGAUCGUGAGUCCAAUCAUUUUCCCACUCCAUUGGAAGUGUCGAAUAAGGAUGAUGUUGCUGUUGGUAGGAUUCGCCAGGACCUGUCUCAAGAUGGGAAUCAAGGGUUGGACAUUUUUGUAUGUGGGGAUCAAAUUCGCAAAGGAGCUGCACUUAACGCGAUCCAGAUUGCUGAGAUGUUGCUUUGAGUUCUACGUCGUCAAGGAUGUGGUACUUAAAGAUAAUGCUUCUUUAGAAACAGUUUUGUAUCUGGUAGUUUUAUGAGGUUUAUUAGUUUCUUUUGAGAUUUAACUAGUCCAAGGAUAUUUUCAACAAUGUGGGAGUGGGAGUACUUUAGCUGGAAACAAUUUUUCGAAGGUCUUAGCUGGAAACAACCAUAGAUUAUGACAAAGGAGAAUCAUCUAAUGUUUUGAUCUUUUGAAUAAAGAAUUUGAUGACCAGUUUUA